UCAGCUACGGUAGCGUACCGCACAAUGUAGGGGGCUUGUGUGUCCGAGAAAAAUCGAUUUUUGAGGAUAGUUGUUGACGUUAACGGUUCACGACUUUCAAGCGACGUGGAAGCGCCCAAUCAGACCCGGUGCAGCAUGCAGCAUGCACAGGACACACUAGACCAGCCGACCAGCCAGCAGUCGGUGACAAGCUCGAGACAAGCGACGAGUGAAAAAGGGGCGAGAAGCGGGAUGGAGGCGGCCAUGCGCCACGAUCAACGCAGCCGCACCUUGUUUUCCCAGCUCGACUUUUCGUCGCUGCCAUUGGCUGGGAAAUUGCCAGCGCCGCCGAAUCGGCCCUUCCAGGCUAAAGUCACCACUUGCUGCAAUAACGGCGCCCCUCUCCUGGCGCUGCCCCAGAAGAACCUAACCCCACCCCAGGAUUCGAUUGGCAGGGUGCCAUCCCGUGAGGGAGUUUUGCAUGGCGCUGGUGACUUCCCGCGUCCACCGGCAUCUAUUCAAUUAAGGAACCAAAAAAGGAAAACUGGAGAGAGAUAUGUACAUGUACAUAUCGUCAGCACCGGGACAGCAGCGCAAAGCAGCACGCUGCACUAAGUAGGUAGUUAGGCGCACUGCGCGGACAUUGGCAUUGGCGCGGACACAGACAUGUUGCUGCUGGAAAUGGAAUCGAGACAGGAGUGCUGUCGAAAAGCUAUGACGAGCAUGAAGGCUGUGUUAGUGUCACCGGCUGCGGGCCACUUCUUCCGCUGGUGCCUGCAGCGCCAACUAGUCUUCUUGGCGGAAGUUGUUCAGACGGUGAAAGGCGGCGCCGUGUCUCAGUCGGCUGUGGGUAUGUAUGUAAAAUACGUUUACUGUCGGAACGUGAUAAGCUUGUCCUUUGCACUGUUUGCAG